GCCAAAUGUUUAAUAUAAAAAAAAAUAGGAUUCAUAAAUUCAAGGUCAAGUCGAUUUUGAGAUUUGAUAAUUAUAAUUUAUAAUGUGUAGCUAACGGUAUCUUGUUGUGUCUAAGUGAAUUUAUAGCGAAAAACAUUUUAAAAUGUUUAGACAUUUAUUAAGAACUAUCGCAACGUCGAAAGUGGUUUCGACGAACGGUAAAUUGUUAAGUUUAGGCAAUUACAGAAGUAUUGUGCCUUUAUCAACGACUCGACCUCACUUGCAAGAAGAUAAGAUAAAAGUAACAUUUGUAAUGCCUGAUGGACGGAGUCUGGAGGCUGAUGGUAAAGUUGGCGACACUCUACUUGAUGUAGUAGUGAACAAUGACCUUGAUAUUGAUGGGUAUGGAGCAUGUGAGGGAACUGUCACUUGCUCAACGUGUCAUGUUGUGCUCAAACAAGAAGAUUAUGACAAGCUACCAGACGAUGCUUGUGAUGAGGAACGUGACAUGCUCGAUCUGGCCUAUGGUCUCACAGAUACAUCAAGACUUGGCUGCCAGAUCACCUUAACUAAAGAUUUAGACGGUUUGGUUGUGAAAGUCCCUGCAGGAACAUAUGAUGCACGUAGUUGAUAUAUUAAGAUUGUAUCAGGAGUGUGGUUGGCACAUCUGCAUCUGUUGUAUUUAUUUUUUAACUUAAGUAGGUGAUAGUUUCUGUGUCUACCAACCCAAAAUGUAUUAAUUUUUCAACAUGACAUUGAAAAUAUAGGUGCAGAAGUGUGUCUGUU